AUGGGUCUGGCAGACUCCCAGAGAAGUGCCCGACAGCCCACGCUGUCGGGGGACACCCGGAGAGGCCUCUUCCAGCUCUGCAGUCCUUGCGGCCCCUCUGUGGAGGAAGCUGAGGUGGAUCCAACCCCGAGACGCCGAGAUGUUUGCCCUGCGGCGAGUGAAGCCGACAAGCUCGUGGCCUCCUUCUGUGACGCGGUGCCCAAGCUCCGUGUGCUGCCUACGGAGGAGGAGCUGGCGACCUUCUGGGCUGGUGGAGAUCGCUUGGACCAGGCGCAGCUUUGCCUUGCGAUUCGCCAGCACCUGACGCGAAGUGCCGAGGGUCCAUGGCAGCUCCAGGCACGCAUGCUCCGGGUGCUCAUCUCGGCUUUCUGCAGACAACCCCGUGGCAGGGCCCUCGCGACCUCGGCGCUGGCCGGAAGCGGCGAAGGCCUCGUCAGGCAGCUGGCCGCGGCGGAGGUCCCAGAGGUUCGGGAGGAAGCUGCGCGUCUGGUGCAACUGCUGGAGCUGUCGAGAUCACUGCCGACGGGCGAGUCCCUGAUGGAUGUCGCGAAGCGAGGCGGGCUGCUGUCCUUCACGGCCGCAGCACCCUCAACCGUUCCUCGGAGGAAUGCCGCAGAGGAUGCCAGGGCGCCGGAGAGGCCAGAAGCCACUGUGGAUCUGCUGGACCUCUCGCCAACGGCUAUGAGGAGUACGGCGAUUUCCGAGGCUCCAGACGUCGAUCGCCAGCGCCAUAGCAGCAUCGACGCCGCCACAGCGUCGGCAGGCAGUGAUGUUGCCAUGUCCCAGCUCAAGGAUCUUAUCUUCACAGCUGCCCCUGAGUGUUACCACCUUGGAGAUCCGGGUGCGGAGUGCGGCAACCAGGAGCUCGAGCAGAUGUACAGCUUUGUUCUGCGCCCGAAGGUUGUGAUCCCGUACGUCCCGCCAAGGGAAGCGAAGGUGGCUACCAAGUCCAGCGAUCCUUUUGAGUUCGUGUCUGAUCACGUUCGGCAGAUGACGGUGGCCUGA